AUGACACAAAAAAUAGAAGAACAAUUGCAAUUUGCCCGAGAGUUUGCAAAAAAUCAGCAACUUGCAGAAUCUGAAUCUACUUAUCGUAGCAUUUUGCAAACGCCUGCUCAGCAUAAUUCUAUUAUUAUUGCCACCCAAGAAACAGCACUUUAUGAACUAGGAAAACUUUAUCAAGAGCAUAAGAAAGUUGACCAGCUUGCUGAUUUGAUUCGAACUUCUCGUGCUGUUCUUGGUUCAUUUGCAAAGUCUAAAACUGCAAAAAUUAUUCGGAACUUGAUCGAUCUUUUUGCCAACGUCCCCAAUUCUACUGAUAUCCAAAUUACAAUCAUUAAAGAUUGCAUAGAAUGGGCUGUUUCUGAAAAACGUAAUUUUCUUCGACAAGGCCUUCAGACCCGUCUUAUAUCUUUAUAUUAUGAAAAGUGCGCUUAUAACGACGCGAUACAACUUAUUAAUACACUUUUAAAGGAACUUAAGCGUUUGGAUGAUAAAAAUGUUCUUAUUGAAGUUCAGCUUUUAGAAACAAAAGUUUAUCAUGCUCUUAGAAACAUCCCUAAAGCUAAAGCGAGCCUUACUAGUGCUCGGACAAGUGCGAAUGCAAUUUACACCCCCCCUUUAAUGCAAGCAAGUCUUGAUUUAAUGAGCGGAAUCUUGCAAUCAGAGGAUAAGGAUUACAAAACAGGUUAUUCGUACUUCUACGAGUCAUUUGAAGGAUUUGCUGGUCAAGAGGAUGCAAGAGCCUUGACAGUUUUAAAGUAUUUGCUACUCUCAAAAAUUAUGCUUAAUCUUUCGGAUGAUAUUGAUUCUUUAUUGACUAACAAAACUGUUCAAAAGUAUGCAGGACGUGAUAUUGACGCAAUGAAAGCAAUUGCAUCUGCUUACUCGAACCGAUCAUUAAAGGAGUUUGAAACUGCUUUAGAAACAUAUGGAAAAGAACUGUCUUCUGACCCAUUUAUAAGAUCCCAUUUUUCAGAUCUUUAUGAUACUUUGUUGGAGCAGAAUCUUGUUAAGGUCAUUGAACCCUUUUCUUGCGUAGAGAUUUCUCACAUUGCUGAAAUUAUUGGUUUAGAUACAAGACAAGUUGAAGGGAAAUUGAGUCAAAUGAUUUUAGAUAAGGUAUUUCAUGGUGUUUUGGAUCAAGGGAAUGGUUGGCUUUUUGUUUACGACGAACCAAAGAUUGACGCUACAUAUGGCGCAGCUCUGGAAACAAUUAAACAUAUGUCUAAUGUAGUGGACUUGCUUUACCAGAAGGCUUCUGCACUCAAUUAA